AUGAAGAAUGAAAUAUUACAAGCCAUAUAUCCUGUUGGUUCUUUAUAUACAUCAAUGAAUUCAACAAAUCCGGCAAGUGUUUUAGGUUUUGGUACAUGGCAGCAGAUUGUAGAUAAAUUCUUAUACUGUGCUAAUUCAUCAAAUCAAACGGGUGGUUCAAAGAAAAUUACUGAAGCAAAUCUUCCACCACAUAAGCAUACAGGAACUACAAGUGAUUCUGGAGACCAUCAACAUACUAUUGAUGGUAGUUUCUUAAAUCAAUGGCAAAAAGAUUAUAACAGCGAUAAUGUUUAUUCUCCAACAGAAUAUACAUCAAAAGUAGUUCAGCACAAAACAACAUGGAAUGGUAAUCAUUCACACACUUUCACAACAAAUACAACAGGAAGUGGUGCAGAUUAUAUGCCACCAUAUAUUACAGUUUAUGCAUGGGUUAGAACAGCGUGA